AUCAGCUAUUCUGGAAUAGAGGCACAUCUAAAACAUGCAGAGCAGGACUGAGGACUGGAAUUGAGAAGCACUGCUUUAUGGUAACUAUGUACAGAAUAUUCAGAGUAAGUACCUCAAAAUAUGCAACCAUUACAAUAAACAGGUAAAACUGAAAUAUGACAAACAUAUCUGAGCUUUCUGCAGGAAUCAGCUGCAGAGCUAAAUGUCAGCAAAGUGCUAACAGAACAAGAACUCUGCUAUCAUCAGAAACAUUUAUUGAUCCAAACACAGCAAUGAAAGUUGACCUGCAACCAUGAGACUGAAGAGGAGCCAGAAAACCUUGGGGCGGGUUCUGUGUGUCACCAACCGACAGAACACGCAGCUACUGACGGCGUGCGCUGGCGUUACGCUUGAGAGGAACCAAGUGGACACCUGUAGCUGAAAGGCAGAAGAACCAGGAAGGAGAGGCGUGACUGGACCAACCAGUUCAUUGAAAAAAGUCCAAAAAGGUGUGUUGGAUUUGAACAGGACAAUGGGGUCAUCAUCACAUCCAUCAUCACCAUCACCCGCCCCCCCCAGGGGGCCCUCAGACUUUGGUUACCAUGGUAACAGUGCUGGAGCCGGCUCAGCAGAGGACCAGGAAGCUGGGGCUCAGGGCAUCCACCUACUGCUGAGACCUCCAGACCUGCUGGCCCCCAGUCUCCCCCCAGUACUCCCCCCACUCAGCCAGCCCACCCUCACCCCUCCACCCCCCUGGGAGCAGGGCCCCUCCCUGGAGGAAGCAUGGGGCUCUGGGGACUACCUGGAGACCCUGUCCUUCAUGGUGCCUGACGGGGAGGAACUGGGCCUUGCCACGCCACUACCGAGCCACCCUUGGGACGCGGACUCUGAUGGGGACUGGGUCUCUUAUGACACGGCCUUCCCGGCCCGUCCAACCCUCCCUCUGUUCUCCCGUCCCCUCGUCACCCCCUCCUCCACCCCUGCUGUUCCCCUGCACACCCACACUGCCCAUCUGGAUGUUUUUUCCACAUGGGAUGAGGAAUAUGACCCGGAGGACAUGAUGCCUCUGGAACCGACGGAGGUGCUGCUGCCAGACAUGAACAGUCUGGAGUACUACACCAACCUUCUGGCCCGGGAAAAGCAGAAGGAAAAGGAGAGGGAGAAGGAGGACCAGAUACAUGGUACCAAGUCCAGACCCUCCAUUACUCCCACAACAACACAAACUCACCUUUCUCCUCUGACCCCAGUCCCAACCCUCAGUGGACCUCCACCAGAUCAUCCCCCACGAGGAGCCUUCCCUCCCCUUACUCCCUCACCUGCUCUUACAAGUGAAAAGUCACCUACCCUACCAAGCACCUCCCAAACCCCUUCCACUCCUGCUCCACCUUCUCCAAAAACCAAAGACCGUGCUCCAGGCCUCCCUCCUCGUCCCCCAUCUAACACUUCCAGCCAGGUGCCACCCCCUCCCCCACUGGGACCACCGGUUCGGCCCGUCAAACCAGGAAGACCGUCGGUGAUCACAGAAAAAACAGCAAAACCUCCAGCCAUAACGACCACCACCCAGAUUACCUCCAUCAGCCUCACCAGAGGGCCCCCAGUUACCACACCCAAAGGGGCCCAGACUCCGCUCACCAGACAGUACCUGUGCAACGUCACCAAGCCUGAGCUGUACCUGGUCAGAGUGGUGAGUUCUAAAGGCUCGUCGGCCGGGUUCAGUCAUGUCCGCGAUGUCCUGAGGAGAGAGUUCAACCGCUCAGUAGAGCUGCAGUUCCUGAGAACUCCAUCCAGUUUUGCCUUUCGUGUCGUGUCUGGACCCAUGAUAUUCACUGCCGUAUCUGUCAUCAACGCUCUCCGUCAGUCACCGCGCAGUUCAGGCCCCAUUCCUACAGUUUCCCCUCUCUAUACCAUACCGGACCUCUGGUACCAGAUCCACUCGGUGCUGCAGUUUGUUCCCACCCAUGUUGACGUAAGAGUGUGCAACUUCAGUGAAAGGGUGGAGCGAGGGCUGACAAUGGCAUAUGCAGAGAGCAGAAGGAGGUCACACGAGGCGGGAAACAUCACCGUCCAGCUGCUGAACAUCACAAUGAGCAAAGGCUGGCCAGCAGGGGGGCAGAAGGUUCCUGUUGACAUCACUUUCGCUGUACGAGAUGGGAGGGGCUACUUGGCGGGGUCAGAGGUUAGCGAACACCUGAGGAAGCUCAGCUUGGUGGAGUUCAGCUUCUAUGUUGGAUUUCCUGCUCUGCAGAUUGCAGAACCCUCCCACUAUCCUGAGCUAAAUAUGUCCCACCACCUGCGUGACACGUGGGUCCGUACAGUCCUGCUGGGUGUUCAUGAGCAGCAGGUGGCGGAGAGGAGUUUUAAAGCUCGACUGGAGCGACGACUGGCUGUGCUACUGGAGGAAGGACUGCAGGAGACCAGCAGGAGGCGCUGGAGAAGAGCAACCGCUGUGGGCAACAACAGUUUACAGGUGGUGCGGAUAUCCAGGCUGUCCGGGCCAGAGCGCCCCCUGGAGGUGUUUUACUUCGUAGAGGGUCCAGGUGGGGAGAGAGUCCCGGCAGAGGUAACUGCAGCCACCAUGAACCGCCUGGACCUUCAGAGGGCCGCCAUUGUCCUUGGACACCGAGUCCAGAGGCCUCUGGCUCAACCUGUAGAGACUCUUUCUGUUCCUCCGGCCGAGACUCAGAGCAGCAGCAUUUGGUUGAUCGUAGGGGUGGUUGUCCCUGUGCUACUGGCUGUCUUCAUUAUCAUCAUUCUCUACUGGAAGCUUUGUGGGUCUGAGAAGCUCGAGUUUCAGCCGGAUGCCAUCAACACCAUCCAGCAGAGGCAGAAGCUUCAAGCUCCUAGUGUCAAAGGCUUUGACUUUGCAAAGCUCCAUCUUGGUCAGCACAGUAAAGACGACAUCAUGGUGAUCCAGGAGACGGGUCCACUACCUGCCCCAAUAAAAGAGGCCACGCCCUCCGACGGUGGAGACCUCAACACUCCCAAGUCCAAAGGAUCAUCCACUAAAGCAGCACGUUCAAGUCGCCGCAGGGGAAGGCUCAGCCCUUCAGACGGAGACUCGUUAGGAAGUGAGCAAUCCAGUGGCAGGGAGUCGGCAGAGGAAAGCACCAGACCUGUGGCCACACCCAGUGAGGGCAAACGCCACAGGAAGGCCCCUAAAAAUGGGAGGAGCAAAAUAGCGGUCCCAUCAGGCAGCGGUCCAGAUGAACUUCUCUCCUCAUCCUCCAUCUUUGACCAUGUUGACCGUCUCUCCCGUGGCUCUUCAGAUGGAACCCGUCGCCAGGCCAACAAGGUGCAACUUAUCGCCAUGCAGCCACGACCAAGUCCGCCUGCGGCACAUGGCCCACCACAGCCGAGUCCGUCCCUCACUGAAAAGGUCAAUACUGAGGUGGCGCUAAGGCACAAGUCUGAGAUCGAGCAUCACAGGAACAAACUGCGCCAACGUGCAAAGAGGCGGGGCCAGUGUGAGUUUCCUUCCAUGGACGACAUCAUGGAUGCUUUCGGAGACGGGCCGGUUCAGAGCGAAGCGGCCCAGCGGCUCUACAGUUCCGCCCACGACCACAUGGACUGCAUCCUUCAGGCCGAGGGAGCCUCACCUCUGACCCCCGCCGACUCCAGGAAAAGAGGGAGGCGCUCUCCUCGGGGCCGGAGGCCUCAUCAAGGACCAGGAAGUCUUCCAGAUACAGACAGAGAUCGGCUGCUCACAGACCAGAGCGCCACCUACAGGAAGUACCCCGGACUCAACAAUGUAGCGUACAUGUCGGACCCUGACCUGCCCCCAGACCACGGCAGUCCCUCCCCUACUGAUGAGGUCUUUGACUCAGCCCCAGCUCCACCUCCUUACAUGCCCCCCCAGCCUUCUAUUGAGGAAGCCCGGCAGCAGAUGCACUCCCUGCUGGAUGACGCCUUCGCCUUGGUAUCACCAUCUUCACAGGCCAGCGGUGUGAGAUAUGCGGAGUUGGGAGUCUCCCCCACAUCCAUCCAGGGUCUGCUGCAGAGGCAAGGCCUGGGCUCAGGAGGAUAUGUUUCUACUGGAGAACAACUGCAGGAGUCAGUGUACUCCAACAGGGGGAAGUACGAAGACCCUCCUUCAUCCUCCAGACCCCGACCUGUAGGGGGCAGUACAGGGGCACAGCUUCACCAUCUGACUCAGGUGGGUUUGUCCAGUCAGAUCGGUGCGUACCCAGGAGUAGGUCGCAGCAUGUCUGGACCCACUGGCUCCAGCUGGCACCAGCAGCACUCAGACCAGGACCUGUCCAGACCUGGAGGUAGCAGAGAGAGUGUGCUGUCGUUCCCUGAGUUCUCCUCUUCAUCUGUUUUUCAAAUGCCCAGCUCUUCGUUACGAGACCCAUCGGCUCCACCCCUCCUCUUAACCUCGCCCACCCCAGAAUAUCCACCAGAGGAUGCCUCUCCAUCUGCCCACACAUCCGCCUCUCUCAUCAAGGCGAUCAGGGAGGAGCUGCGACGGCUGGCCCAGAAACAGGCGGCGGUGACCAGCUACCCUUAACUGACCUGCACCUUUUUAAAUCAGGAGUUACAGCAGCUGUUCUACUAGUUGGUUAAGUACUGUGCCGCUAAGCAUAAAAUACCCAUGAUCUAAAGGGCAGCGUCUCCUGACGACCACCAGGACUUAACAGGGUUUUGUCUUUUUAUGUGUCGGUCCACUACCCCUGAGUUCAUCGCCCAGAUUCACAUUUCCACUAAAGUGCUUCCUGGAGUAGAUCACCGAGGCAUCGGCCGACCUGGACUUCUACACUGAAUCAUCCUUUUUGAACUUCUGGAACAACAAUACAGCCCCCAACCAUGAAACGAGAGGCGCCUCUGGAGUUGUGAAGUUGAUGGCCUUUUGUGGUCUAGUCAUCUACUUUCAACUCUAGGAGCUCGUCCCUCUUGGCCUUGUGAAGUGGAUAAUACCUGUUGGAGUUCUGAAGCAGAAGCAUCGCGAUUGGUUUACUUUUGAACUCGGAUUGUACUUCUCAAUUUCUGAAGCUAUCUUAGUCAGAGAGUUUUCAAUUGGUCUUCAGUGAGUUAGCCACACAUCCUGCUCUUUUGGUUAAAACAAUAUUGUUGACCUUGCAGAGUGAAUGUCUCUAGGAAUUGUACAGCAAACUGUUUUGCUGUUGUCUUUGAGUUCCUGGUUCCUUUAAACCUUUGGUCAUUGCUCCCUUCUAGAGUUCUGAAGGCUGGGCUGACCCAUCAGUCCUUGUUGAGGUAAUUCUUCACAUGAAGAAAACUUCUGAACCCUUGUAGACCCGAUGAUGGGUCUUAUGGUUCUACAGCAGAUGAUCACUUCUGGAUGAAAUUGACCUUCUGCAUAAUCUGGUGUGGGUUUCCCCUUUUAGAGUUUUAAAGAUGUUGCUCCAGUGUUUUCUAGUUUAGUCAGGAUUCUUACGUGGACUUUAUUCAACCUUCUUAGCCUUCUGGGAUAAAUGGGAAACUGAAAAUCUACAGCAGAUCAUGGUUUCCAGGAUAAUUAGGCCGUUGUUAACCUAGAGGGAACAUGUGAAGCUCACUGUCCUUCCAGAACUUGUGGGCAUUUGCCCAUUCUUGGGGUGUAUCGUUCCUUCUGAAGUUCUGAAGUGGGUAAUCUUUCUGGAUUCCCUGUGGUGCUAAUUGUCAGCCUCAUUACAUUUAAACAUUGACCACAUACUGCCUUCCAUGAUCCAUCAGCCAUGGUGAUCAUGUAUGCAUCUACCAACCAUACAGAAAAUAGAUUUGCACUGUUUAUAGCAGGAGGUGCAGCAAAGUUCUGACAGCAUGACAAACUAUUAGAAAAAAUACACACACACAAAUACAUACAUAUAUAUAUGUGUGUGUGUAUGUGUGUUCAUAUAAAGGUAUAUAAAUGAAAUUUUUAGAAAUAGAAUCCCAAUGAGCACAAUAUUAAUGUGAGAGUUAUUAUUGGAGUAUUGAGAUGUUCUGUAUUUUUUAUUGCUUAUAUAUGAAAUGAUGCUUUAAAUGCUUUAUUUAAAUCAAAAAAAGACCAAACUACUGUUCCAUGGUUGUAAACUCUUGUGUUUGAGCUUGCUGUAGAUUCUGAGGCCGUUUGUUGCGCUGCAUCGCUGCUAGCUUGUGUGUUUGUGUAUCAGUGGUAAAAAAAAAAAAAAGAAAUUGCAGCAAAAUCAUCACUUUU